AUGAUUGGUCGAGUGUAUUUGUCGUUAUUCAGUCCAAAUCUGCAAACAAAUUCCAAUUCAGUUUUGUUGCCUUCACUUUUUUGUCCAUUACCAUCUUCACUCUUUCAACUGGAUUCUUCAUUUCGUCUCUAUCAUGAAGUAUUUUUUCGACAUCUUUUUGGUCAAUAUCUUCAACAACCACCACCACCACCACCACCAACAGUGUUAUUAACACUUCCAACUAUCAUUCCUACUGUUUCAAUAGAAAAAGAGUCUCAUGUUUCAUUAACAACAGAAAAUUGUCUUGGAAAAAAUUCAUCAUCAUCAAUAUCUUCAUCAAAUUCAAAAGUUCGUCGUCGUUUAUCAUGCCCACAAUGUUCAUAUGCAACAAAUCGAUUAAAUAAUCUUAAACGACAUAUACAAACAAUGCAUGAAAUACUUUCAGAACCAAUUGAUUGUUGUGAUCAAUUAUUUAUAAGUAAAGCACAUUUUCGUGCACAUGUUAAUACAGAACAUCGUUGUGGUUAUCAUUGUGAUACGUGUCGACGUACAUUUUGUCGUAAAGCACUUUUAAGACGACAUCAAUCGAUUCAUUCAGGUCAAAAAGCAUUCUUAUGUCCUAUGUGUUCUUAUUCAACUAGUCACAAAGGAAAUCUUGAUCGACAUGCUCGAAUUCAUCGACCUCAAAAUGAACAUAAGAAUUUAUCAACUUAA